ACACAUAAAUUUGCCUAUAUAAAUAAAAGAAUUCAACCAUAAUAUUAUUUUACAAUUUAUUUUUAAAAUCUUAUAACUUAAAUUAUAUAAAAAUGACUGGACGUGGCAAAGGUGGAAAGAUUAAGAGCAAAGCAAAGAGUAGAUCGAAUCGUGCCGGACUUCAAUUCCCUGUUGGACGAAUUCAUAGACUUUUGAGAAAAGGAAACUAUGCAAGAAGAGUAGGAGCUGGGGCCCCUGUAUAUUUGGCAGCCGUGAUGGAAUAUUUAGCCGCUGAAGUAUUGGAGCUAGCAGGUAAUGCGGCAAGAGACAACAAGAAGACGAGAAUAAUACCGAGACACUUGCAGCUAGCUAUCAGAAAUGACGAGGAGCUAAACAAAUUGUUAUGCGGAGUAACUAUUGCUCAAGGAGGAGUCUUACCUAAUAUUCACAGUAUACUGUUACCUAAAAAAUCUGAAACCUCUGCUGCAUAGAAUCAUUUAAAUAAAAAGUAUACUCUAUCCAAUAGCUCUUUUAAAAGAACAUCAAUAUAAUAUAUUAAUUCUUAUAGAUUAAAAAUAUGUAAUAUUAAAAUAAUAUUUAUUCAUAUAC